AUGUUUACUAGAUCGCUAUACAGAAACUCGGCGAGACUUGCUGGUCUCCCUGUGAGGAACAUGGCUGCUACUGCUGCUGUGGGUCCAUCCAGUGUCAGAUAUGCUUCGACUCAAGGAAUUCCUAAAUUUUUACAAACCACCACAGAAGGCAUGCCUACCGACUACCCUCUACCAUCAGAACAGAAGCCUAACAGCGCCAUUGACUAUGCGUUGACCUCGUUGGACGGUAUUGCCAAUUGGGCUCGUCAAGGCUCGUUCUGGCCCGUCACUUUCGGUUUGGCAUGUUGUGCCGUCGAGAUGAUGCACGUAUCAGCUCCUCGUUACGAUCAGGAUCGUUUGGGAAUCAUUUUCCGUGCCUCGCCACGUCAGUCUGAUAUCAUGAUUGUAGCUGGUACCCUGACCAACAAGAUGGCCCCUGCUCUGCGUCAAGUCUACGAUCAAAUGCCCGAGCCCCGAUGGGUUAUUUCCAUGGGCUCUUGCGCCAACGGAGGUGGCUACUACCACUACUCUUACUCGGUCGUGCGUGGAUGUGACCGUAUCGUCCCUGUCGACGUCUACGUGCCCGGCUGCCCCCCUACUUCUGAAGCUCUCAUGUACGGAGUGUUCCAGCUACAGAAGAAGAUGAGAAACCAAAAGAUCACCAGAAUGUGGUACAGAAAGUAG